AUGAUUAGGUUCAUCCUCGUGCAGAACCGUCAAGGGAAGACACGAUUGUCGAAGUGGUAUGUCCCGUACGACGACGACGAGAAGGUCAGGCUCCGAGGUGAAGUGCACAGACUAGUUGCUCCGCGCGACCAGAAACACCAGUCGAACUUUGUCGAGUUCAAGAAUUACAAGAUCGUAUACAGGCGUUAUGCCGGUCUCUUCUUUUGCGUAUGUGUAGACGCUAAUGACAAUGAGCUGGCAUACCUAGAGGCUAUCCACCUGUUUGUCGAGAUCCUUGACUCAUUCUUCGACAAUGUGUGUGAGCUGGAUCUUGUAUUCAAUUUCUAUAAGGUGUACGCCAUUUUAGACGAGAUAUUUUUGGCGGGAGAGAUUGAAGAGACCAGCAAGGAUGUGGUAUUAUCGAGGUUGGAGGAACUUGAGAAGCUUGAAUGA